AUGUCUGACCAGAGCACGGAAUCUGCAGAAACGAAUGCCCGUAUCGCUUUCGAUCCUAUUCAGCCGAAUCUUAUAAAUGACACUCCUCGGUUUAUUCCGCAUGAUACCCAUCAUGAUCCCGCGUUUCACGGAUCGCAGUUCCUAGUCAAAGACUACUCCUCUCCCAAUAGUUAUCCCCAUUCACUAUUAAUUUCACAUCACAUAUGUUCGCAGAACGACCUGCAUCUGAGAUCCUUAUUACUUGCAUCAAGACCACCGUGGGCCCUUCUUGGACUCAUUAUCCUAGCGCUUUUACGGUGGAAAUUGCAUCGCAGGUUCUGUGAAACUACUCCGAAGGAGGGAACGGCGGAGGAGAAUUCCAAGGGUGAAAAUGCAAUAUGUACCGACGCUCGAGGAGACGAGGAGAUAGCGGAUGAUUUUGAUGAUACUGAUUACCCGAUGGGGUAA